CAUAAGACUUUCAGAAUCAAGCGAUUCCUGGCCAAGAAACAAAAGCAGAAUCGUCCCAUUCCCCAGUGGAUUCGGAUGAAAACUGGUAAUAAAAUCAGGUACAACUCCAGAAGGAGGCAAUGGAGAAGAACCAAGCUGGGUCUAUAUGGCAUCACACAUCAUGAGAUGACACACCUAACUGGCACCACAUAUUUAAUUAAGCUGCCUGAAGAUCACAUGUUCUAUCUUAUCACUCUGUAA